CUCCGGAUUUAUCAUCAUCCGAUACGAAUAUGAUCAUCACUAAGAUUAAUGAUGAAAUUAAUGCAAUGCAAAUUGAUACACAAUCGUCAUCGUCAGAUAUUCAUGUGAAAACAAGCAAUGAAAACGAUCCUGUAUCAAGGACAUCACAACAGUCUUUACCAAACAUUGUGAUUGAAAAUAAAAUCGAGCAGAUCACAAUUGAUAAUAAUAAUAGUGAAAAUGUUGUUGAAAUACAGUCAAUGAAUCCCGUUACAGCAGACAUUGUUUCUUGCAAUGAUAAAAAUAACCAUAAUUCUAUUAAUGAUAACGAUACCGUCCAAGAAUUUCAGGAACACCAUCAAUCUAUUCUUCAUCAUCCUGUAAUGAAUUCAAUUACUGAUGAACGCGAUCAUCGAUUGCAACAGCAAUCAUCAUUGGAAACCAAUUGUAAUGAUGAAAAACGGGAUAUAGAUGAGCUAAAUGAAUCAAAAUUAAUAAUGUCAAAUAACAAUAACAAUAAUUCGUAUAAUAAUAAUAAUAAAAAUAAUAUUAAUGAGCUUCAUGAUGUUGAUUCUUCGAUUCAAUCGCAUCAUACAUCAUUAUCAUCAUCAUCAUCAUCAUCCUCCUCCUCGUCAUCAUCAUCGAUGAUCUCAUCAUCCACACCACCACCGCCAUUAUUGGAUGGACAUUAUAAUUAUAAAACUUCCAAUCAGAUGCCUUUAACUUCAUCUUCACAGAAUAUUCCAUUGUCAAUAAACGAUCAACAGCCGAUGGAAUAUUCUUGUUCAUCAACAAAAUUAUCAUCAUCUUUAACGACCACGAUAACGGAAACAUUAACAUCAACUGCCUCCAAUAAAAAUAAUGAACAUCAUCAUAUUGAUUCGAAAUUACUUAAUGAUGAAGAUGAAGAAAAAAUAUUACAACCAUGCGCAGAUGAACAUACGGCAAUUGUUGAAGUUUUGUCCGAAGAAUUUCUUCUUGGAAAUGACCAAAAUAUGGAUGCAUUAUGUUCAAAUCCUGAUGAUGAUGUACAAGUAGAAGAUUUGGAUAAAUUGUUGUCCAGCAGCAUUACAUCAACGACGACAACUAUAACAACAGCAAACGAUACCGAUGGCAAUGUUCAAUUUCAGACACAUCAAUUGACAAAUUAUGAUCAAAAUUAUAAUGAUAAUAAUGGUGAUAUUGAUGAAAUAUUAGAUCAACAUGCAUCAGCUGAUCUAUUUGAACAUGUCAAAUUCUCUCUCUGUGAGACUGUUUCCGAUUCUGAUAAGAUGAAAAAAAUUAUGGUCGGACAUGGUGCAAAGUUUCUAAAUUAUCUAUCUGAUUCUGCAACAUAUUUUAUCGCAGAUGAUCCUGAUCAUCCAAGUGUUAGCGAAGCAAUCGAUAUCUAUGAAAAACCAGUCCUUACUAGUCAAUGGGUUUGGCUUUCAUUACGUGCCAACCGAAUGCUUCCUAUCGAACCAUUCAUAUUGAUCGAUUCGAACAAUGAUCGAUGCAAUCGAUUAUUUUCAAACAUUGUUGCCUGUGCUAGCCAGGUUUCAUUGAAUGAUUUGAAAAAUCUAUGGUCAAUGCUAAGCUAUUAUGGGGGAAAAUUUCAAUUACAUUUCGAUCAUACUUGCACACAUUUGUUGACGACAAAAAUUUUUGGAAAAAAAUAUGAAUUAGCUAUGAAAGAAUCAUCUGGAAAAAUUCAUAUAGUUACACCAGAUUGGAUUAUCGAUUCAAUUCAACAACAAAAACUAUGCGACGAGAAACGCUAUCAUCCCAGGUUGUUGAUUGAUUAUCAUCAAAAUGUACAUGGACGAAAUUCUUCAAUGAAAAAUGCCAAGUCAUCAAAUACAAUGACCAUUAAGCAUUCGAUAAAAUCUGAACAGCAGCAAGAUUACGAUAAUUCAAAAACAUCACUGACAAAUGCAACGCCAGCAACCAAAUCGGUUACCAUGUCCAUUUCAACUGAAGCCGUGGUAACGGCGAAAAAAUCUUCAAAUGAUGUGCCCAUAACUAUGACCACAACCACCAUGAUAGAAUCUUCGUUGCAUUCACUACCGCCUACAUUAUCAUCACCAUCAUCUACAUCACAACCAACAAAGCCUUCGUUAGUUCCAGCCUCAACAGCUCCAGUGCCUCAUUAUUCUCAGCAUUCACAACCAUCACAACAAUCUCAUGUCCAAUCACAAUCAUUAUUAGCAUCAAAACAGUAUCAUUCUCAUCAACCGAUUCGACAUCAAUCACCACAACAAGCGAUGCUAAACAACAAUGCUCCAAAUGCUCAAAUGAUGCAACAGUCGCCGAAUCAACAUCCACAACGAUUGCCGAUGCAUCAAUUCCAACAACAAAUUCGUCAACCAUUGGUCCAUGCAAUCAAAAGUCAAAAACCAGGGCCUCAAUUACAACAGAAUAUAGUGCAGCAAUCGCAACAAGCUCAGAGAAAAAUAGUGCCUCCAAUGGGUCAGCAGCAGCAGCAACAACAACAACAGCAGCAAUUGAUGUCGACUCAUCAGGCUGCUGGUUCAUCUUAUCCGCAUCCUCAACAAGCUUCUGGCCAACAAUAUACGUCGCAAAUGCUACCCAAUCAAUCAUCUGGUCCACAACAAGUCUACAUUCAACAGCAGCAAUCGGCAAUGUAUCAACAGCAGAAUCAACAACAGUAUCGAGGAAAAUAUGUUUCUGGAGCACAACAGCAUCAAAUGAUGUCGCAAAAAAUAGUGUCUCCACCCUCAAAUUCAGGAAUGAUGCUACAACAAUAUCGCCCUCAAAAACCACAGCAAGCCCAAUUUCCUCCGAAUGCACAGCAGCAACAAUUUUGUCCAAGGCAAGUGAUUCCGAAGCAACAACAAUAUGUUACUAGACCUCCACAAAUGGUUCCUGGUGGACCACAACAAUCACAGCAAUAUAUGGUAAAUAACCAAACGAAUAAAACAAAUCAACCACAACAACAACAAAUGGUUCGAAUGAUUCAACCACCGCAACAACAGCCGCAACAGUUUGCCAAUCAACCAAAUUAUACAGGAGAUCAUCAAUCACCAAUGUCACCGAAUAUUCCUUCACAUCCACCUCAGCUUCAAAACCAACAACGGAUGUCAAUGUUGAGGAUUUCAGUUCCACCGCAGCAGCAACAGCAACAGCAACAAAUCAUGAGUAGUAAUCAACAAUCACCCGUACAAUCUCAUCCUGUUUGUCAAUCACCAUCUAGUGGUGGACCGACUAUGAUGAAUUAUGUCCAACAACCUAAACCUGGAAUCAGACCCGGUAUGAUGAUUCCGAAUAAUGCUAAUGGUGGUCUACCACAGCAACAACAACAAACACGACCUACCGGAAUGAUGAUGAGACCCAUGCAACCAUAUCCUUCUCAACAAGAGCAACAAAUGGGACUAACAGGUCAUACAAUGCAACAAAUGUCAACAAGACCACCACAAACACCUACAGGUGGACCACAACCAAUGACUCCACAGCAAAUUCAAUUCAUUCGACAACAACAACAACAACAACAGCAACAAAGAUGGUCGCAACCAGAUUACAAUCAGCAACAACAACAACAACAGUAUCCAAGACCGCAAGUAAUUCCUCCUGGAGUUCAGCAACAGGCUUGGAUCCGGCCGCCAAUUCAGCCACCACAACAUAGAUUUCCACUUCAGCAGCAACAACACGUGCCACCCGGACAAAUGAUUCGAAUGAUGGCUAAACCGAUGCUGCCUAAUUCUUCAAAUCAACCACCGCAACAACAACAGCAACAAUUUUAUGAUCUAUCAUCAUCAUUGUUGAUGAAUAAUAAGGUUAGAGCUAAUAUUAAUCAUAGUCCACAACAACAUCAACAGGACCCUACUAUCGCUGUACAGCAAUCAGCAAACAGCGGCAUUCAUAGUCAACAAUCACCAAUGGUUUCAAUACAGGCAAUGAAUAGUCCAAACAAUAAUUCUAAUAUGAUUCAAUUGUCGAUAGCAUCAUCUCAGCAACAAUCUUUAGUUAAUAAUUUACCACAGUCAGCGAUCAAAACACAAAUAAUGGUAACGAAUACGAAUCCAUCAUCCACUCCCUCGCCCAAUCAUCAUCAACAACAAUCAUCCAGUCCUGGAACACCUGCACCAGUUUCGGUGGCAAUUUCAUCAUCGUCGUCAUCAGUGGUGAAUGAAAAAACCAAAACAGCAUUAGCCAAUCUAUUGAAUAAUCGAUUGAAUUCACAACUACAACAACAGAAUCGAAAUAGCAGUGAUACCAAUCCGGUAACCACUGUGAUCACGCCAUCAUCGGCAUCCUGUGGUUCAUCAUCAUCACCAUCAUCACCGUCAUUACAUAAUCAUCAAAACUCAAAGAUUACCUUGCAACCAGUAACUGUGUGUUCGCCUAACAAUAGUAAUAAUGUGAAUAAUUCUGGAGCGACAAACAAUGUGAUGAAUCAUUCACCAGUUCAUCAACAAGCGGAUCAACCUUCGUUACAUAAUCAACAUCCUGGUCAACAUUAUGGUGGCCAACCGCAAUCAUCAUCGAUGUUACCUAGUCAACAACAACAGGCCGUCGGUUUAUAUAAUUCUCAUAAUCAACAUGCACAUUAUUCACAGCAACAACGGCCAAUGAUCGGUCCACAACCAAUUCACAUGGGUCAACGUUAUCCUCAUCCUUCACCUCAUCAUAUACCAUCACAGCAUUCGCCUGUACGUAGUUCACCGGCCAUUCCCGGAAAAACCAGUACCUUUCAACAUUCAUCGGCAUCAUCAUCACCUCUCCCAACUGGUGGUUCUACGCCUUCAACACCAAGUCCAACAUCAGCAUUACAUCAUUUAUCUGGACAUUUACAUAAUUACCCGGUUGUACCUAAUCCUAAUCUUUCAUUUUCUUCUAUGCAUCAUUCAAAUCAGAUACUUUCACCCAUGCAAUCUUUCAAUCAACAUCAUUCACAGCAUUCGAAUGUAACUGGUUCAUCAUCUCAUCACCAUGCCAUUCAACCACAUCCUCCUCCUAACCAACAUCUUGGACAUGUUCGUCAAUCAUUUGGUCCUAAUUCUCAUCAACAACAUACGCCAUAUCAUCAUCCUCCUCCUCAUAUGCAACAUCCACAUUCACAUAGAACAAUGAUUCCAUUUCAUCAUCAACAAGGAGCCGCGCAACAAAACCCUACAUCAUCACUUCAGCAACAACAUAUGCAAUCAUUAGCCAUACGUUUUUAUGGACAUGAAACACGACAUGGAUCUCUUAUUGGAGCUAAAAGUUGUUUAAUUGGCUGUACCUUUUAUAUUUCAGCUGUAUAUGCUGAAAAUCGUUUCACGUCAAAUUUGAUUAGUGGCUGGAAACGUCGUAUUGAAAAAUUUGGUGGUAAAGUGGUUGCUGAUCUUUCUAACAGUAGUGUGACACAUGUCAUAACCGAACAUUUAAAUUUACCAAUGCGUUCAUCACAUUGUCAAUAUCAGCAAAUGUUGCCGCAACAAAAUGGUGAUCAUCGUUAUGUGUCAAUAUUCUGGUUGAAUGAUGUAUUAGAAUCGGGAAGAUUACUUCCACCAUGGCGUUUCUAUCAUCUUCCUGUAGCAUUUAAUCCACAAACGAUGCCUUGUAAACAUCAUGUGAUCUCUGUAACAAAUUUUAAUCAAGAUGAGCGUUCAAUGCUGAAACAUUUAAUUGUUCAAACGGGUGCUCGUUACACAGAUUAUCUUACUCAAAAGAAUACUGUAUUGAUUUGUAAAAGGCCGGAAGGAGAAAAAUAUCUAAAAGCAAUGGAGUGGCGUAUGGCUGUCGUGAACAUUACAUGGCUACAAGAUGUUCUUUUUGGCAAUGGAGAUUGUAUAUCAGUUGGUAAUCUAACAAAGAAAUAUCGAAUCUUUGAUCAUCAAAAUAUGCAGUCAACGAAAAUGAAUGGCAAAGAAAAUAAAGAGUCCGAAAAAAAUUCGGAAUCAGCAAUGCAAAAAGAUGCCUUCAGAUUAGACUAUCACGUGGCUCAAGGUUUAAUGUCUUCAUGGCGUGUGCCGAUCAAAUAUGAUGAAAAUGAUCUUGUUAAACAUCAAGAAAUGGUCAAACAACUAGAAGAUCGAAAGAGACAAGAAAAACCAAAUGAUCAAAAAACUGAUUCUAACCCGAUAGAUAAUGAAGAGCAAUUAUCAGCAUCUAAUGCCAAAGAAAAUAAAGAAAUUGAUAAAAAAGUGAAUGGUGAAGUCACAUCGAAUAAUGAUGAACAUAAUGCCUCUGAUUUUAUUCGACAUGGUACGAAAAGAUCAUUGGAAGAUGCUGACAUUGGAAAUGUGAUCAAAAGUGCCCUGACAAAUGGUGACCAUAUGAAUAUUGAUGAUCCGGAUGGUGAUUUGCUCAUGUCAACAAAACGAUUUAAAACCGAAGAUGAUAAUGAAGAUCAUCAAUCAAUAGUGAAAGAAGUAAUAAUGUCUUCGUUAGAUAAUAUUUUGGCCAAGUCAGAAUCGGAGAAUUUAAACCUUAUCAACCACGAAGAAGAGAACAGCUGUCAAACGAAUGAUAGCUUUUAUGGAUCAUCAAUAUCAAAUAAUACACCGAAUAAUGGUACUCUUCCAAUGAUUAUGAUGAAUGGAACAAACAGUGAUUCAAAUAACAGCUCAAACAUUCAUGACAUGAGUGUCGAUGAUAUUGUAGUAUUAUCAUCAUCUUCACCAUUACCAAAUGAAACGAAUUGUUCAGAAUUUAAAGUUCCGUUAGAUUUGAAUCAACAAAAAGUACAAUUGAAAUUAAAGCAACAAUUGCGACCAUCAAAUGAAUAUGUCAUCUUGUUAGCUGGAUUACUUCGUCGACCUGGUCAAUAUGAACAUUAUAAACAAAUCAUACAAAAUCUUGGUGGUCGUAUUGUUCAACAACCAGCUGAUUGCCUCAAGGCAACACAUUUGGUUAUUGGUUCAGAAUGGAAUCGUACACUAUUGCCGAAAAUUUCUAUAAAUUUCCUAUGUGCCUUUGCUCGUACACAGUAUAUGGUCAAUAGUGACUGGCUAGAUAAAUCAUCAAAAGCUGAAUAUUUUUUAUCCGAACAACAAUUCGAAUAUGUACGGGCAGCUGAUGAUAAUCAUCAGGACGAUAAUGUACAAGAUCAACAGGUCACAAUGACAAACAUAGAAGAUCAAAGAUCUAACUCAUCAUCCACUUCGUCGUCAUCAUUAUCAUCGGCUUCAUCAUCAUCAUCAUCACUUAUAUUUCAAACGUAUCAGUUAAAUUUAUGUAAAUCCUGGGAACGACGUCGUGCUGAUCUAUUUAAUGAUAUUCUGUUCUUAUUAACACCAAGCCUCAUUCCAGCGCCUCCUAUAUUGAUACAAAUUAUCGAGGCAAACGGUGGCCAAGCGGUUAUGAAACGUAUGCCUAAUCGUCGACAAUUAAUGCAUUUAUUCGAACAAAACGAUGGACGAAAAUGGCCGAUAAAAAUCGUCAUAAUCACUUGUGAAACAGAUCUUCUUUUGCUAGCUGAUUAUUUAAUUCAACAUCCACAAGUUGAAAUUGUCAACUCUAACUUUAUUGUUGAUUCAAUAUUGAAACAAAAUAUGGAUUAUAAACCAUUCAGAUUGUUUUCUGAACAAUUGAAUGGAUCAUCAAGCAUGAUGAAAACCACGACAACGAAUACAUGUGGAACAACAGUCGAUUCUAAUGCCAAAGAUUCUAACAAUAAUAUACAUCUAAAUCAAAAUCACCAUUCUCAUUCGCAUCUUAUACCGACUACCACAACACCACUACCGAAAUAGUCAUUAUCAUCCGCAUCAUCGUCUUCGAAACGAAAUGAAAAUUCUUCCACAAAAUAGUGUUCAAAACAUUAAUCUUUCAUUUCUUUGUUUUCUCUUCGAUUCGACAUUAAACACAUUUUUUGUUUGUUUGUUGACACACGCUUUUGUGCAUAGCAUAUUCACAUCCUGCAAAUCAUGACAAAACUAUCGUGUUAGGAAAAUGAUUUUAACAUGUCUUCAGUUUAUUUUUUUUUCUUUUCUUCGCAUGAUCAGUUUAUUCAUCCCCUUCAAUAACCUUGUCCACACCAGCAAUCAUGAUUAUUUUUUUAAAAUAUAUUUAGAAUAUUCACUCAUCCCUUGAUUUGACUUGAAACACACCCACACUUGUUGAUUUGCUGUCCGAUUUAUUUUAUCGCCUAUAUAUCUAAAUUAUUCAUACAUCAUUUUUUUUCGUUUCAUUGUAAUAUUAUUAUUAUUGAACGUAAUUGAUCAUGACACACACACACACACAAACACAUCCAUGACACAAUCCUUGUAUUUAUUUGUGUAUUGAUUAAUUAAGAUGUAAGCAACGAGAAAACCAAAUGAGAAAAAAUUUUUGUUAUAUAUUUUUUAUUUAUAA